AUGUCUUCCGAGGUUGCUCCUGCGAUAGAGAAGGACCUCGAGUUAGUCGUCGCCUCUGUGGCUGACAUCGAGCCUGAGCACAGGCAAGGGAGUAAGCAUGGCCGGCGUUGUACAACCACUCGCCUGGAACUUUGGGCAUUCUACGUCUAUUAUAUCGGCAACAAUGGUCUUUCUGGAUUCAACUUCGGACCAUCACAGUUCCAGAACCUGCUCUAUCUGGCGGGCUAUGAUGUGAAUCAUGCUCCUUACACAGUGGCUUGCACGUCAGACAGCGACUGCGUCUUGCCAUUCCUGGGGCGCAUUCGAAACGUCAACUCGAUCGUACUCCUAACUAACGGCAUUAGCUUUGCUGUGCAAGCGGUGGUCCUUCUGUCUAUUGGUGCUUGGGCAGACUACGGACAAUGGAGACCCAAUAUCACAAUCUUCUUCACAAUCCUGGCAGUCGCGGUGUCGUUCGCCUGGCUAGGUGUCGAAGAUCCCUCACAAUGGAAGGCCGCGGUCGCGUUAUACAUUCUUGGUUUGAUUACAUAUCAGUGUGCUCUCACGUUUUGGACAGCCGCUUUCCCUGGUUUAGCUGGUGACCUCCCGGAAGUCCAGGCGUCAGCUGAAAGUGCUGCCCGCGGUGAAAAAAACGUUGAGGAACAUUCCAACUAUGUAUCACUCGCUCGGAACCGCGUGUCAAACAUCUCCUUCACCAUCAGCUCCGUUGGCGAGAUCAUCAUACUGGUGAUCAUGGUCGGGAUCAUCGAGGGACUCAAGGUCGAUGCGAGUACAGAGAACAAUACGAAGGCAUUCAGCGUCCUCAUCGCAUUCUCCGGCGGUGUCUGGUUACUCUGUGCUCUUCCUUGGUUCUUCCUUGAGCAAAGGCGACCCGGUUUGGCGUUACCUGCUAGCACGUCUUUGAUGACGAUAGGCUUCAAACAGACAUAUGUCGCUUUGCGGGAAUGCAUGCGCCUCAAGCAGACAUUCCUCUAUCUCAUAUUCUAUUUUCUCAUGGGAGAUGUAUUAAACACGACAGUCACGGUGAUUGGGACAUUACAGAACAGCGUUGUCUCCUACUCUACACUCCAACUGACUCUGCUUCUCAUCGUCGGUAUUGUGACCCAGGCAUUGGGCAUAUAUCUGUUCUGGGUGGUGCAGAAAUACUUCAAGAUAUCUACGAAAGCAAUGCUCUCUUUCAACGUCAGCUGGAUCAUCGUUCUGACAAUCUGGGGUCUCAUCGGGGUCCAUACGGAUAAGUUCGGUUUUAAGCAUGUCUGGGAAAUUUGGCUUUACCAAGCAUACUAUGGGUUGAUGGUCUGUCCGUGGUACGCAUAUAGUCAGACAAUGAUCAGCGAGGUUUCACCGCUGCCGCAAAUGUUCCUCUUUUUCGCAUUGUUCUCUGUGAUCGGCAAGACGUCUGCGUUCAUCGGUCCUUUCGUCUCGUCCGCGAUCAUAACAGCAUCAGGCAACAACGACAACUACCCGUUCGUGUUUUUAUUUUCACUGGGUACGUUCAGUACGAUAUUCCUGUAUUUCGUGGACAUGGAGAAGAGUCGCGCCGAGUGCGACGAGUUCGUGGCAGCCGAAGCGUCGAGGGCGGCUUUCGGGCAGCCUGUGUCGGAUGCAGGGCCCUCGUCAGAUCUGGGAGAUGAGGAUGAGGGCAAGUCAUGA